UGAAAGAUUCCUCAAGCUGUGCCAUAAUUAUGUCUAUUUUGAAUAUUAGUCUAUUCAUACAAGGAUACUUCAUAGGUGUAUUGGUAGCUAGCUGCAUGGAUAGUCUGUGCUUUUACAAAGAUAAUCUAAUUGGGAUGCAGUGUAUCUUACUGGCAAUAUUGUGGUUAAUGGUUUUUCACCUCGCAGCUAUUAUCUCGGCUCAGUUGACAGUUCUCACUGGACUUGAAGCCCUCGUCUCUUCCAGUGGCAGUGUGGUUGAGGGAUCAGUGAUCCAGAUCUACUGUGCUGUAGAGGAUGACACCACUGUCACCUUCACAUGGACUCUCAAUGGAAGCUCUCUGUUGAACGAUCCAUCUCACAUUCGUAUCAGGGAAGACAAUCUCCCUGAGCGUUCAGCAUCAUUGCUCACUGAUGAUUCCACAUCUCUGCUCACUGUCGACAACUUCAGAGCAUCUGACAAUGGAGUAUACCAGUGCACUGCUACUAGUGGAGCUACUUCUGGCAAUGGAACUGCUGUCAAACUAACAGCUGUGCCCUCUACUGCUGAUGGGACACUGAUGUUGACUGAUCAGCCCUCUCUGAAUGAACCUGUUGACCUCAGUGCUUCCCUCAAUGACAACCGCACUGGGAUAGCUCUUGGUGACACUGUCGAUGGUUCUCUACUGAUAUGCACUGUUGGACACCAAGGUGAUGGAGUGAUGGACUAUUCCACCCCGUCUGUGGUGUGGGUGAGGAGCGGACAAGUUGUGGAUGACUCUGACUCACGAAUCACCAUCACCUUGACCACAAUGGUCAAUGGACAAGUAACCAGUUUUCUGACUAUCAAUAACUUUGGACUACCUGAUGCAGGAGUGUACCAGUGUGUCAUCACUGAUGACAGUGAUGGUGGGGAGGUCAUCACCUCAAUACCUUAUCAAUUGGAUACAGGUAACACCAUUCGUAUUGAGAGAGUCUCUCCUGAGGUCAUUAUUUUACGUCCUCCCGAGAAGCUGGUCAUUGAAGUGAGGGUGUCAGGAGAUUAUGAAGUGAUGUUCUGGCGCAAAACGACUAUAAGCGCUUUCAUACCUGGUCAAAUGCGUCCUCAAGAGUUUCCCAACUAUUCUGAGACAUUUGUACGAGACAACACCACUGCUGGUAAUGAGGGGUUCUAUAUUGUUCAGCCUCAAUUCAAGUCUGGAACAACUCAAACUCAUACCCUCACACCAAGUGGUGGUGUUGAUUUUGGCGUUAUUGCGCCAGUCGACGCAAUCACAACAUCUCUCAACACCUUUACUGUUGUGAUCCUCGAGGGAGGCAGUGCAGACAUCUCCUGUAGAUCAGUGGGAGCUCCCGUUCCUAGUAUUACUUGGGAGUUCAGCAACCAGACUACUGAGUUUAAGCAAACAGAUACAGAGACACCAUUUGUAGCUACACGGACUGGAACUAUUGGAAACAUAGAUGUUGUCGUAACUCCUGGUAACAUUGAGUCAUCCCUCCAUAUUGUGAGUGCUACAUACCCUGAUCAUGAUGGAGUGUACACUUGUAUUGGAACCAAUUCUGAUGACCAUACUGUCGCCAGCAGCAGUGCCUUCAUCACUGUACAAAUAAAUGUUGUUCCUGAGGUGGAGAUCAUAGCUACUGAUACUGUUGUCGGUAUUGGAAAUAAUGUCACCAUCACUUGCUUCGUACUAAGGGGAAAUCCCUUUAAUUACAUGUACACCAAUACUAAGACUGAGACUGGCAAUACAACAACUGGACCAACCCGUAUUUUGACUGACAUUCAGAUGACUGAUGUUGGUACCUAUCGCUGUGAUGUCGCCAAUGAUGCUGGAACUGGGACCAGUAAUACUGUGACAAUUGAGCUGGGAGACCCCCCUAUUGUGACCACCAUUCAGCUGGACCCUGUGAUACUGAACAACAACGUGGACCUGGUCUGUGUUGUAACUGGAGACACUCCUAUACAAAUUGUUUGGAAGCGGUUUGUAGCCAAUACUGUAGAAAUUGUUUACACUGGGAAUGACACAACUGGUGGAAACUUCAGUUUAAUAGCCACUACCGAUAACUAUGGCGUGUACCAAUGUAAUGCAGCUAGUCGUUUUGGAAUCGACUCUUCUUUCAUUAUCAUCGUUCAAGCUUUUGGUCCCACCCUUCUUGCUGAUGCUGACGUUGAAGUUGUAGCUGGUUCUACUCUCACCUUGAACGUGACCAUCACUGACUUCAACCUUCCACUGACUGAGAUCACCUGGUUCAUAGAUGAUGUUCCUGCUACAGCCAUCACUGGGAGAACAGGAGUCAUCACCAUCACAAACACCAGCACCACCUAUCCACCAGCCACCACCACACUCACUCUAGACCCUGUUCAGCUACCCAGUGAGAGUGGCCUGUAUUCUGUAACAAUCGUCAAUCCUGCUGGGAUGGACACCAUCACCUUUAAUAUCACUGUUACUGUCCCUGCUAACAUCAUAUUCCCCGCUGGUUUGGUUGACCUACUCGUGCCCGAGGGACAUCAAACCACCCUGACAUGUACUGCUCGUGGAUCCCCAGCACCUGUGUUUGUUUGGUUUAGGAAAAGUGAAGUUGUUGACACUGGUGAUGCCAGGCUUCAAAUUUCUACAUUGGAAAUGUCUACUGGUUUUAUUGACAUAACUUCUCUGCUCAUUAUCACACUAGUAGACAGAACUGACUUUGGUAUGUUCAGAUGUGAGGCUCGUAACACCAUACUGGGUGCACCAUCUAACAACUUUCAGAGCUACAACCUAACUGUAAAUUUUCCCCCUACAAUUCUUGAGGACCCUGUUCCAGUGUCUGUGUUUUCCCCCAGCCCACUCACACUGACCUGCACAGCUGAAGGCUACCCUCGGCCAACCAUAGCCUGGACAAGGACGUCUCCCACUAGAGAAGUGACUGAGUUUUCCCUACCCAUGGACAAUGUUGACCUCACAGAGACAGCUAAAGGACUCAAUGUAACCAGUAAUCUGACAAUCCUAGUAACUGGUGAACUGGACACUGGAAACUGGAGCUGCAGAGCAAACAACAACUUUAGAGAGAUUGUCAGUCGUCCAGCUGAAGUCGUGAUAUGUUUUGGUGCUCAAAUUGUUUUUCCAAUGAGUAGAGAAAUUUUCCGAGUCAAUGAGACAGAAAACAUCACCUUUACAUUUGUAGCCAUUGGACUACCUCCACCCUCCAUCUCCUUCUUCAAUGGAGACCAAAAAGUUGGACUGCCUCGAUUUAUUGUAGAGACCCAACCAGCUGAGCUGUUACCCAAUACAACGUUUCUAGUGACUGCUUCACUCACUCUUAUCAAUGCUACGGAUGGGGACAGUGGUGACAAGGGGAUCUGUCGAGCCAUGAAUACUGUGGAAGAACUUAACAAGACAAGAAUGGAUGAAGUUGCUAUUGAGGUGGUGGUGAAUGUUGCUCCAUCCAUCACGGUCUCUCCUAUGGAUGUCAGUGUGGUCUCUCCUGAUCCUGCCCUGUUCUCCUGCACUGCUGACGGUGUUCCCAGACCAACUAUCUCCUGGCUCAGGGUGGACAAUGGGACUGAGGUCGAUGUCACUACAGACUCCAAUGCACAGAUUAGUAACGCUCCUAUAAAUCGUACUAUCGUGAGCAAUCUCACAUUCAACGAGACUCUGCCAGUCAGGUCGGGAGUGUACAUCUGUGUUGCCUCUAACUUGCUUGGAUCAGCUACAGAGAUGGCACAGCUAACUGUUAAUGAUCUACCUCGGAUCCUCACUCCUGUGAUCAAUUUCACUUACAUUGUGAAUGAAAGCGAUUCAGUCACAUUUAACUGCUCUGCUAGUGGUAUUCCAGCACCAACUAUCAGUUGGCUCAGAGUUGGUCAGAAUGGAUCAGCUACCAAUAUUGACGAUACUCGCUUUUCCAUCUCUCAAUCUCAAGUUGAUGAUAACUAUGAGCUACCUGAUGGCAGGGGUACUGGUUUCCUAGUUACCUCACAGCUAGCAAUCUCAAUCACACAAGACGAGGACUCUGGUCAGUAUCAGUGCUUGGCUGAGAAUGAUGUCGGGAAUACAACAAGAGAGUUUGAGCUAGUUGUGCAAAUUGUUCCUGAGUUCACAAUGGAUCCUGAUGAUGUUGAUGUCACUGAGAGAAUGUCAGCUCCAUUCCUGUGUGCAGCCACUGGCCGGCCACGUCCUAGCAUCACGUGGUACAGGGAUGACACCAACGACUCACUCCUGGCUGUGAAUGUGUCUGAUCCAAGAGUUAUUGUGACUGAGACUGAGAUGGGAGAAAGAGAGCUAAUUAGUAACUUGACUAUAAACGAUGUCCUCCCCUCUGACAGUAAUGUGUAUCGCUGUAUUGCUGAGAAUGAUGUGGACAGUGACAUGCGUAAUGCAACCCUAACAGUCAAUGUGUUGCCAGUGGUAACUAUUGUCUAUCCUGAAGUUGAACUAACAAACUACACUGUGAAUGAGACGGACUCUAUUAUUUUCGAGUGUACAGCCACUGGUAUCCCUGCUCCUGAGAUAGACUUUGACUUUGGUGUCAUCACGGCUAGAGUUGACGUUAGGGAGAGCUCUUCACCUGUUGAAGAAACAAGAAUCCAGGAUGGAGAAACUGUCUACCAAGUCACAAGAACUGCCAUGAUUAACAGAACAAUGGACUCUGACUCCGGAGUGUACAUGUGUGUGGCGAAUAAUGAGUAUGGAAUGGACCAGGAAUCAUUUGAACUUAUUGUACAAGUGUCUCCAACUAUCACUCAAAGCCCAGUGGGUGUCACAGUCAUUGAGGGCAACACUGCUGUGUUUGUUUGUCAGGCCAGUGCUCUUCCCAUACCAGCCGUUAACUGGGACUAUUACGACCCAGUCUCAAACUCCACCUCUCGUGUCAUGGAUAAUGCUGAUUAUGAGAUUAUUGCACUGGAUGGUGACAGAAAUUUGACGAGCACUCUUACAGUACUGUCUACGAAUGUGUCUGAUUUCGAAGAGUACAGGUGUACAGCUAUUAAUGUGGUGGGGAUGGUCAGCGCAACUGCAAGUCUUUCUGUACACGUUCGUCCAAUGAUCACCUCCUUGGAGCCUGAAGAUAUGCUGGUGGUCAACCAGACUAACUCAGUGACCUUUGUCUGCACAGCCACUGGACUACCCACUCCAUUGGUGCAGUGGUAUCGAGGUGACCUUCUCCUCAAUGGAACUGGAAUGGGCAUUAACUCACGAGUGGAACUGAAUAACACGAUGAUGGAUGGGUCACUAGGGCAGAUUAGCACUGUGAUAAGUAUGAUCACUAUCAUUGACACAAUUGGUGGUGAUUCAGACACAUACUCCUGUGUGGCCAGUAAUACUCUGAUUAACAAUGGUGUAAUGGAGGACGGAAGAAAUCAACAAGACGUUACUCUCUUUGUUCAAGUUCCAUCUGAUGUGAUUUCCUUGCCUGUUAAUCAGAGGAUAAUAGCUAAUGAGUCAGAAUCAGCUACUCUCAGCUUCAUUAUUGAGAACGCCUCCCCUGUUGUCAUAGUGUCUAACAUUCGCUGGUACUACUCGGCUGAUUUUGCCUUGUCAUUGUCUGCUAGUGGUUCUGAGUUUCAAGAGAUUACAAGUCUCCCCAGUCGUACAUCAAAGUCUACCCUCACCUUCUCCAGUGAUCGUCUCAGCCUGACCAUUGACAAUAUUGUUCAAGCUCGUAUGACUGGUGAGGAAACUGAUGCAGGACGAUACUUUCUGCAAGCCACUAAUGAAGCUGGGAGUGACAACUCAUACAUUGAUAUUGUUGUGAAUGGACCACCAGUGAUAAUCAAUCCUCCAAUGGAUCAGUUCAUAAUUAACAAUGGAUCCAAUGCUGUGUUCUCUUGUGAUGCUCUGGCAUCUCCUGAUCAUACUGUCUCGUGGACGUUCACUGAUUUCAACGAAACGGUGACGGACAUUGUCAGCAACAUUAAGUACACCAUUGUAGGUGAUCGUAAUGAAAGUAGAUUCGGAGAGCUGACAGUAACGAAUGUGACCUAUGAGGACAGAGGAGUGUACACCUGCUCGGCUGCUAAUACCAUUGGAACUGAUACUGCUUCUGCAAACCUUACUGUUCAUGUGACCCCUGUGAUUGUCGACAUAUUUGCUCUGGCUGAAGUACGACUGGGUGUACCUGCUGUUCUUGUGUGUCUGGUCACUGGCUUCCCCAUUCCGUCCAUCUCCUGGAGGAAGGACGGGGAAAUAGUCAACAUUUACAGUGAUUCCUCACUCUCAGCAAGACUGGACGUUAUCAAAUUUGCCGCAGUGUCCAUGGACACGAACAAUAGUGCUGAGUUUGAGAGCAGUGGGUACACAGGCAGUGGCAGUAUAAUGGGCCUGCUCAUGAUGUACACUGAUGUCACUGUGGAUCAAGUACGUCAGUUGGGAGAGCUUGGAGUUGUCGGGUUGCUGUCGUUUAAAAAGACGGUGAGGGGUGACACUGGCGACUACACAUGCACUGGAACAAACAUGCUUCCUGAGACAAUCACCUUGAGUGACGUGUCCAACAAUAUACCACUAUUUAUCUUAGAACAUCCGGACUCCCCUGCUAAUGUAAACACUCGUGAUGUUGGUACUCGCUGGGUGGUUCUUAGUUGGACACUCUCUUUUGACGGCAACAGACCAGUGACCAAUUUCUCUUUGUACAUACGCUCUGUGGAUGUCUCGGACAGUUUCACUCUGAUCAGUACCCUCAUUCCUAGUGACCUGAUGAGCUCUGCAGGGGAGCUCAUGUACAAUGUAUCAAUGCAGGGGGUGAUUCUCCCCUACACCAACUACUCUUUCACUGUAGACGCCUGCAAUGACAUUGGCUGUAGCAAUCGGAGUGACCCAUCUCCUAUAGUAUCGUCUGAUCAGGACGCCUCUUCCCCGUCUACUGGAUUGACAGCUGAGCCCACUGAGACAACUAUCACACUGACCUGGACAGGACCAGACAUGCCAAAUGGAGUCAUCACUCAGUAUGAGGUUUCAUUUGUCGGGACUCGAGACUACGCUCCAAGCUUCAGUCACACAAGUACCAUGCUAUUAUCUUUAGGAGACGUUUAUUCUCCGGCCAAUAACAAUUUUGGAAAAACUCUAAUUGACCUCUUCCCUAACACUCAGUACACAGUGUCAGUGUUUCCAGUCAACGAAGCUGGCAAUGGAAUGCCAAAUACCAGGACUGUGAACACACUGAAUGCUUCCCCACCUCCUGCUGUUGUUGAGCCGUCGUCAGUUUCUGAAGAGGAGGUCAUUAACAGCGACCCACAAACAGUCACCAUUGGUGUUGCCUCAUUCUCAGAAGACAGUGUUGUCAUAACUCACUAUCAAGUUAUUGUGGUCUUCCUUCCUGAAGGAACAGCAAUAAGCGAUCUAAACCCAGACUCACAGGUUCAAUUCCCCCAGCAAGAUCUUGGAACCUAUGCUGACCUUUCUUGCAAUAGCAAACCCUCUUUCCCGUAUGCUUAUGUUACUGCUGAGAUGAGUGGUGACCUCUAUAACGGCCUCACAGGAAACAAGUUUGUGGUUGGACAGGAUAAGGACGAUGACGUUAAUUCUCCGAAUGACCGUCCUAAUCGUUACACCAAUGGACCGCUGUGUUUCGCUACAAGAUACACUUUCUUUGUACGUGCAUUCUCAGCAUCUGGCUCAAAUCAGAUGGGACGCAGAGCAGUAAGACAGACUGAUCCAGAUAACAGACAGUAUGUAAACUUUGCAUCUAGUGGCUAUGUCCAAUCUACGGCUGAAAUUCUCACUUCAAUAUUGCUGAUUCAGCUUCGACUUGUUGGUGUGAACAGGUGUCAACAAUGGGUGGCUGAGGAUAUUCAACAAAAGUUGAACACUUUAAACAAUACCCUCUCUACAAACGUCAACGAAAGAUGCCACUGUGGAUUUUCUGUUCUUAAUAUUAUGAAUCCCAAGUUUCGCUGCUUCGCGGAAUCUGAAGAUGCUGUAACAUACCGAGCUGAAGUUAGUGGAACUCAAACAGCUUCGGCGGUUGAGAUUGCAAACUAUAUUGAAGACUGGCUGGCUGAUGGAGCAAUCGUGGCUUUUGAAUUCCUCUUGAUUCCUGUGGAUAGUACUUGUCAAGUUAUUCUAACUUCAAUUGCUGAUCCAGAAUGCAUGAACCCCACACCCAUAUCUCCCACGUCAGCACAGUUUCCAGUAGCUGCUGUUGGUGGGGCAAUCGGUGCAGUGAUAUUUCUGUUCUUUUUUUGCAUAAUUCUGAUUGCCAUGAUCUACAUCAAGAUCCGCAUAAAACGGACAAGAAGCUUUCAUCUUGCCAAAAACAGGCCAGCAAUUGAGAUGAGUGCAGCAGAAGGUAAUGUAGACACACAAGAAGGGGAAUAUGAAAUUCUGGACAUUUUCCAAGAUGAAUCUACUCAGCAAGCAUCCUCUACUCCACAUGUUUACGAUGUUGUUGAGCUUCCAACUAUUUCCCCCAGUGCACCACCACCCCCUGCGGCAGAAUAUGACUACAUUACUAUGGAGACUGUAGUUAGCGAUGAUACUAAAGAUUUUGAGUUUACGGAGUGUGCUGCAUAUAGUGUGACUGGUAGACGUUAAUUUUGCAGCUGUAUAUAUGUGUGUGUUAAUGUUGUUAGGAAACGAAGAACGUGCAUGAUGGUAGCUAACUUCAUUCU